CCUACGGCCCCCUCAGCCGGGCAGCGAAGAGGCCUUAGUCCUCAGCGCCCAUCGGCUAGGCAGUGUGGCCUACUGUGUUUGCGCCCAACGACUGGGCAGCAAGGAGGUCUUAGUCCUUAGCGCCCCUUGGCUUGGCCGCGAGGCCCACCGCCUUUGUGCCCUUGCCUGGGCAGGGAGAUUUGGGGCCUUUGGUCUCCUUGACAGGGAAGGGAGUCCUCUCACCUUUGUGCUCUUGGGUGGUAGAGGCUAGACCUUCCACUUGUGGUUUCGUGCUUUGUGCUUCUUGGCAGGGCAGCGAGGGCCUCUCAGUUUCUGAGGACCCUUUGUGCUCUUAAGAUGGCCACCUCUACACGGCCUCCCAGCCUUAUGCAGUCACUUCGGGAAGAAGCAGUGUGUGCCAUCUGUCUGGAUUAUUUUAAGGACCCCGUGUCCAUUGGCUGUGGGCACAACUUCUGCAGAGGGUGUGUGACUCAGCUGUGGGGCAAGGAAGAUGAGCAGGACCGGGAACAGCCUGCUGUGCAGGAGCACGUCAUCCGGGAGGUUUUGUUUCCUAGGUACACCGAACAGGAGCAGCACAGAGCACAUGCAGGACGCUGGGUCGGUCCUAGCCAUAGACAGCAUCAGGGCAAUGCGGACUCUGUGUGGGAUGACCAGGAAGAAGUCAGGAACAGUUUACAAGGGUUGGUUCAUGACCUGAGAAUUAGGGUUUUUCCAGAAGAGAGAGAUGAACCCCCCCACAAUGGCCACCAGUACCAUCAGUUUGGUCGCUACCGCCAUCGCCACCGCCACCUUCCAAUCUUCCUCCGUGGUCCCCCAUAUCCGCCUGUGCGUCGGCAGCUCUAUCUAGACGCCCUGGUUCGUUCUCCACAUGACCCGGUUCCUCCUCCACCUCGGCCCACACCACAGGUCUUCAGGUGCCCGCAAUGCCGAAGGACUUUUCCAAGUCGCAGUUUUCGACCUAAUUUGCAGCUGGCCAACAUGGUCCAUAUAAUUCGCCAGAUUUGCCAUACUCCAUGAAGCUUGCAAAGCUUGUGCUCCAAAUAUGAGGAAACCCUGGAGCUCUUCAGUAAGGUAGAAAAAAGCCCAGGUGUAGGUGUGUCUAGAUUCCUGGCACUACAAAAAUAUGAAUGUGGUGCCAUUGGAUGAAGUAUUUAAAGAAAACAAGGAACAAAAACUGAGAAACUUUUCAGUCUCAGUGCUACCCCAGUUUUGGGGAGGAAUUAAAAAAUUCAAAAUUUCAUUAGUGCCUGCAGCUUUAAAUUGGAAAGAGUAGUUGUAUUUAGCUCAGUAGUAGCAGAAUGAUUGUUUGCCUAGCAUGCCCCCACCUUUCCAAUUUAUUUUGAAUUAAUGACUAUCAAGGUUCAGUUUUAGGAAAUAUUACUCCUUUGUUGCUAUUAGAGAAUUUACUUGUGGGAAUGAAGAAAACUGCUUUGCUUAGCUUCAAAAUUAGGCUUUCAGAAAUGAAUGUUU